AUGGUCAACAUCGCGCUCCUCUGGAAGGCCCCGGAGGUCAAUCCAGUGAACAAGAAAGCGAGAUCGAUACCCUUCUUCAACCCAAUCAACGUCUAUGGACGCGUCUUCUUCUUCGCCUGGUUCGGUUUCAUGAUCGCAUUCUGGUCGUGGUAUGCCUUCCCUCCGCUUCUGUCGGAUGUGAUUGCAGGGGACAUCCACAUGAAGCCGUACCAAGUGUCCAACUCGAAUAUCAUCGCCUUGACAGCAACUCUGCUUGUUCGUCUAGUCGCCGGACCGUGUUGUGACCGCUUCGGACCCCGUCUGACCUUUGCUGGAUGUCUUCUUGCUGGAGCUAUCCCUACCUUCCUUGCAGGAGCGGUUUACAAUGUUUCCGGUCUCUAUGCCCUUCGAUUCUUCAUUGGCAUACUUGGUGGCAGCUUCGUUCCCUGCCAGGUAUGGACUACUGGAUUCUUCGACAAAAACAUUGUUGGCUCAGCAAAUGCUCUGACUGGAGGACUUGGUAACCUUGGUGGUGGCAUCACCUACUUCGUCAUGCCCGCUGUCUAUAAUGCUCUCCGGAAAGACGGUCUGACCAAGCACGUCGCCUGGAGAGUCUCGUUCGUCGUCCCGGGUAUCCUGAUUGUAUUCAUCGCCGCCAUGCUAGUCCUUCUCUGCCCCGACUGCCCUACUGGCAACUGGUCAGAACGACAAACUGUCGUGGAAGCUAGCUUGCGGCAACACAGCGUCGCCGGUGUUGUCGAUGUCCCAGGCCACAUCUCUUCUGAGAAGAAGGAGACGGGAGCCUCGUCUCCCACUCAGUCCGACGAUGAAAAGAAGCACGGGUGGGCAGAUAACGAGGCUCAAAUGAGUGACCAAGCCAUGCUCGACACUGCCCGAGGCGACGUUAUUCAGAAGCCGAGCACGAAGGAGAUCAUAUUCGUCUGUUGCUCGCCUCAAACCCUUGUCACUGCAGCCGGAUACUUCUGCUCUUUCGGUGCUGAGCUCGCCAUCAACAGCAUUCUCGGAAAUUACUACCACAAGAACUUUCCCAAACUCAGCCUCCAGGAGACUGGCAACUGGGCUGCCAUGUUCGGCUUACUCAACGGUGUAACGCGACCUCUUGGUGGAUACGUCUCCGAUCUUGCAUACCGCCGAACGAAGAGCGUCUGGGCCAAGAAGAUCCUCCUCCACACCUACGGCGUCAUCACCGGCUGCUUCCUGAUCGCUAUUGGUGUGCUCGACUCCAAGAGCCAGGCAACUAUGUUUGGUCUUGUUGCUGGUACAGCAUUCUUCCUCGAGGGUGGUAACGGUUUGAACUACGGCCUUGUCCCCUUCAUCCACCCAUACGCCAACGGUGUCGUGUCCGGCUUUACCGGUGCGAUGGGUAACUUUGGUGGUAUCAUAUUUGCCAUCAUCUUCCGGUACAACGGCAAGAAUUUUGGCAAGACGUUUUGGAUUAUUGGCAUAAUACAUAUCGCCAUCAAUUUGGCGGUGUCAUGGAUCAAGCCGAUUCCUAAAGGUCAAGUUGGAGGCCGCUAAACCUCUUAGUCGGAGACUUUCUUUUCAUUUGUUGUAUUGCUUGCGAGGUAUCAUGAUAUAAUGGUAUAAGGUCUGUAGUUUAGAGCUGCCUGCUGUCUUUAUUCUAGCGGCCUUUAAGAUAUCCAACUUGUAUAUGUUA